UGGAAGGGUGAGAUGAUGGUGAGAGGAUGGAUGCAGUGCGCGGGGACCGCCAGAAGGGGGCCGCCUGGAUGGCUUUGGCUGCAGCCUCGACGGGGCGGACCAGCAAGUGGCGCUAGAGAGCCGCUCGCCCCGUUUGGGGAAGAAGAAGGGGAGGAGGAGGAGGAGGAGAAGGCGCUGCUCCACCUCCUCCGUUAUAAAGCCCAGUGGGUCCCGUCCGGCGUGGGAUUGAUUGGAGCCAUGGCGGCCAACCGGGUGGGCAGGCGGCUGGGGCGGGCUUCUCCGGCGCGGCCAAGCGCGGCACUCUCCCCCGAAGCCUCCCGCACGGACCGGACCCCGAGCCCCGGCAUCCAGCGGCGACAAGCCCGGGUCACCGUCAAAUACGACCGGCGGGAGCUGCAGAGGCGCCUCGACACUGAGAAAUGGAUCGACGGGCGGUUGGAGGAGCUCUACCAGGGCCAGGAAGAAGAGAUGCCAGAUGAGGUGAACAUCGACGCUCUCCUAGAGAUGGGCACAGACAGCGAGAGGGCUAAGAAGCUGCAGAGCAUCUUGGAAUCAUGCCACAACAACACAGAGGAGUUCAUCCAGGAGCUGCUGGGGAAGCUGCGAGGUCUCCGGACAGAACACGUUCUCCGACGGACAAGCCCCGGAGGCCGAGUGGACGUAGAGCCAGGCACUGAAAUACGGGAGCAGGUCUGAAGUCGGCGGGCAAGGCAGAGCUUGUUAACUACUCAGCUGCAGCCAUUGCCAGGAUGGACCAGCUUCCUUGCCAUGGUGGUUCUGCUGCUUCGGGUGGGAGCAUUGCCAUUGUCCCAGCUGCCAAAUUCCCAACUGAGUUGAGCUGUGGAGACGUUUGCCCGAGGCAGCUGCAUCGCAGGGUCUGCGAAGCUGCCUUUCAAAAUGUUCCCUUUUCCCACAUUGUAUAAAUCUGUAUAGUGUAUCCUCUGCUUUGGGGUUAUCGUGUAAUAAAGUGCUGUGUCUCUA